AUGGCGGACAAGACCAACAUGGGGGACAUCGAGAAGGUCGUCAAUGUCCACCACCUCGAGAGGACCGAGUCCGACGAUUCGAUCACCUCUGAGGUCGAGAACGAUGCUCGCAUCAGUGCUCUUACCCCCGAAGAGCAGAAGAAGCUCAUCUGGAGGAUCGACAGACGUCUGGUCCUGACCUUGGGCUUCAUGUACUGUGUCUCGCUGAUGGAUCGGUAUGCCUUUCCCACACCACUCUUGCUGCCGUGCACAAGCUAACGAUCUCAUAGAACCAACCUGGGGAUCGCCGUCGUCGCCGGAAUGGGAGUCGACCUCAAACUCAUCGGCUUCCGCUACUCCACCAUCGUCCUGGUCUUCUUCCUGACCUACGUAGCGCUUCAGCCCCCCGCAACCGUCGUCCUCCGGAAAGUCGGACCACGCAUCUUCCUUCCUCUCAUCACGUUCCUCUGGGGCGCCAACAUGACGUGCUUCGGCUUCGUCAAGGACUGGACCACCAUGAUCCCUCUCCGCUUGAUCCUCGGAGUCUGCGAGGCUGGCUUCUUUCCUGGGUGCGCAUACCUUUUGUCUUGCUGGUACCCGCGCUACGAGCAACAGAAGCGCUACGCCGUCUUCUACCUCAUCGGCUCGCUCUCGUCGGCUUUCUCGGGCCUUCUGGGUUACGGCUUCAUGCAGAUGAAUGGCCUGGGCGACCUCGGUCCCGCCUAUGGCCAGCACUACGGACCCACCAAGUUGAAGCCCCACGCUCCCUCCGGUAUCAUGCCAGGCAUUGCCGGCUGGCGAUGGAUCUUCAUCAUGCAGGGCCUCAUCACCUGUGUCAUCGCGGCCAUCGGUGCGCUCACGAUCGCCGACUUCCCCGAGAAUGCAGCCCGGAAAUCCAAGUCCUUUGCCCUCAGCUUCCUCAGCGAGCGGGAAGCCGACUUCGUGGUCGCCCGGAUCGAAAAGGAUCGCAAGGACGCCAUCGCGGAACCCUUCCACCUCGGAACAUACCUCCGCUGCGCCGCGGAUCUGAAGAUCUGGGGCUUCGCUUCCCUCUUCGGCCUCACUACCACUUCCACCUACGCUAUCGCUUACUUCCUGCCCAUCGUAAGCCCUCACCUUUUCCCUACUCCACGACAUUUCCCCCUCACUAACCACCCCUCUCUCUCUCUCAUUCUCAGAUCCUCGAAUCCUCCAUGGGCUUCUCCGUCCGCGAAGCCCAAUGCCUCGUAGCACCCCCCUACAUCUUCGCCGCGCUCUGGAUGUUCGCCUGCGCCUGGUACGGCGACAAACACCACGUCCGCGGCCCCAUUGUCAUUCUCAACGCCGCCCUGGGCGUCAUCGGCCUCCCCAUCCUCGGCUUCUGCGAACACGCCGGGCUGCGGUAUUUCGGCGUCUUCCUCGCCACUACGUCCGCGAACGCGAAUGUGCCGGCGAUCCUGUCCUUCCAGUCGAAUAAUAUUCGGGGCCAGUGGAAGAGGGCGCUCGCUUCGGCGACGCUGGUGGGCGCUGGGGGGAUUGGAGGGAUUAUUGGCUCGACGGUGUUCCGGGAGCAGGAUAAGCCGAGCUAUCACCCGGGGAUCUACACGUGCGUGAUCGCGUGUGCGCUGACGAUUGUGGUGACGCUGGUUUUGGAUUUGAAGUUCUGGCGGGCCAACAAGCGGGCUGCUGCUGGGGGCAAGAUCAUCGAGGGACUGGAGGGCUUCAGAUACACCUUGUAG